AUGGAGCAGCCAUCGAACGAGCAGAUACUCCAUGAACAGGGAUUGGCGCCUCGGCUUGAGCUUCUCACCAACGGGGUGCCCAGCUCCAGCUUUACACUGUACAGCUUCCAGGUCUGUGAAGAGCGACAUGAGCGUGUCAUUAGUUGGUUUGACCAGAGUAACAACCUGCUUAUCAAGCACCUUGUUCCUCGCGGGAAAGUGCCGUAUACCAAGAAUACCAACGACUUCAUGGUCACCUAUCGUGACAUGAGAACGAACAUUGGUCGUGUUCACGAACAAGUCGUGAUAUUCCACGGGUUCGAGUUCCCCGCCACACCUAGUAGGACUCGCAUGCUCAUACCUCGCUAUUACUUCUCGACUGAACAACAGAGCGUUCGGUUCCAAUGCGCAGCACGUCAAAGGCAGCUGUUGCAAACAUUCGAAACAGACAGUAUAAGAGCACAUGGAUACGUUUCACAUGGUCAGCAACUAAAAGUGUGGCAAAAGUCUAAUGAGCCCACCGUCACCUUCACCUUCUUUGCACAUCGAUCCGUUGAGCCUGUAGCCCAUUAUGAGUUUGAUCUUCUAUGGUUUCGUCGAGAGGUGCGAUGUUCAGGGGCCAAAGUGCUGAUUCUUACCUUCUAUACUCGAAGCGACGAGAGAAGCAAGUCUGUGGACAGCGGGAUAGGAAAAUUAUUCUCUUUGUGGGGGGGUCAAUCGACAAAUCAGAUGCAGAGUGAUGGUCAUUCCCGUCGCCCUUCUUUCAAUUUGAGGCACCCAAAUAGCGCUUCGAGGGACUUUCUACUUCCUGGGGGUGAGAGGGUAGUUACUGAAAAUCUCACGUACCUCGAUUGGAAAAGACUUCACAUUGAGUUUAUGGAUGAGAAUGACGUAAGCCGUUUCAUAGAUAUCUGCCAUGACCCAGACAUAGCACCUGGUCCCCAAAUGGCCCCCGAAUCUUUAUGGAAGGUCAGUCCAGGAUCGGAUGACACGUUCCAUCUGCUCCAGCCCGUUGCUGGUGCUUUGAUCUCAACACGAAGACCUCCAUUCAGGAGUCCCGCAGACCCUGAUGAGGAGGAUGCAGCUUUCGGCCAAGCACAAGACUGGCUAGAGCGCCUUCACGGGAUCAAAGGUCAAUUGUUUCAUGGCCCACUCGACGAUGGUGUUCCGCCCGUCAAAAUCUGCGUUCUUGACACGGGUAUAGACAGCAAAAAUCCAUAUCUUGCGGCUUGGAAAAAGAAGUCUCAAUCUACCGAAAGAUAUCGCAACUUCUUAGAGGAUUCUACUGUCGCGGAAGAUCUAUCUACUGAGCCGUACAGCGAGGCCUACGUCGCUCAAACUGUUUCUCGAGUGCGAAAAAGACCGCGCGAUUCACCACAAGAUAAUACAGGACACGGCACUCAUGUGUCGGGGAUCAUAGUGGAGCUCUGUCCCGAAGCAAAUUUGUUUGUCGGGAGGGUCCUCGACGAGAACGUGACGGAGGAAGAGAAUGAAACAAGUGCAGCUGCUAGGAGACUCGCUCUGGCGCUUCUAUACGCAACUGAUGUAUGGAAGGUUAAAAUCAUAUCCUUGUCUAUCGGCUUUCGGAAAGCACUUCUCAGUGAGCAAGAUAAGAUGAUCCUUCGAAACGCCAUCAGAUACGCCACGAGCAAAGAAGUGCUCAUCUUUGCAGCAGCAUCGAAUGACGGCAACCGAGACCGUAUAUUAUUCCCCGCUAGUGAGCCUGAGCCCUUUUGUAUUAAUUCCUCUAACGGAAAUGGCCACGCAUCCGCAUUCAACCCACCGCGCCAGGAAUACGACGAGAACUUCAGCAUUCUCGGGGAAGGCGUAAGAUCUACUUGGCUCCAGGAGAUGAAGGACUUGAGUCCGGGCGAAAUCAUGCAGCCAUCAUUGAAAGUACGACGAGGCACAUCUGUCGCUACACCCAUAGCGGCAUGUGUCUCGAUCAUCAUCAUCCAUUUUGGUCGUCAAUGGGAGCCGAUUGGACAUGAGAAACUCGAAACACGACGAGGCAUAAGAUGUAUCUUAAGAAGUAUGGUCCCACACAGAAAUAUUGAGAAGUUCUAUGAUAUUGUACCCUGGCUGGGUGUAUUUGAACUGCUAACCACUCGGGAUCAGAAGGAUCCUGUGGAGGCGGCAAAAACCCGGAUUGAGGAAAGGCUGGAAGCCGCUUAUUGA